AUGAUUGAACGAAUACUCCUCCUGCCCGGAGGUAGCUUGACCGUGCUUCUUGGGUUGCCCCUCAUUCUAUCCAUCUCCUAUAUCUUCAUUUCUAUCCUGCUCGACCCUUUACGCCACCUGCCUGGUCCCCGCAUCGCUCGCUUCACGCGACUGUGGUAUCUAUAUCAGAUCUACCAAGGCCGAUUCGAGCAAGUCAACAUCGCACUGCAUCAGAAGUAUGGGCCUAUCGUUCGCAUCGCUCCCGGGGAAUACUCACUUGACGACGUGAACGCUGCGAAGAUUAUAUAUGGCCAUAAAGCUAACGUAGUGUCCCAGGCGCCUUGGUACUAUGCUUGGUCACCUGCAGAUCCGAACAAGUCCGGCCUCUUCUCGGAUCUGAACCCCCAUCGUCAUGCUUCCCAGCGGCGUAAGUUUGCUUCAGCAUACUCUAUGUCGACCCUGGUUUCUUAUGAGCAAUAUGUCGACCAUUGUACCGCCCUGCUCGUCCAGAGAUUCGACGAACUUGCACAAUCUCACCAUAUUAUCAACUUGUAUCAUUGGCUACAAUGCUAUGCUUUCGAUGUUAUCGGUGAAAUCACCUUUGGUGUACGAUUUGGAUUACUAGAUAUGGGGAAGGAUGAAGCUGGUAUAUUCACAGCCAUUGAUGGUCGUAACGCCUAUGGGACCUUCGUAGGGAUCUAUCCCUUCUUGAACAACCUGAUCUUUCCUUACUUGCCGAAAUCAGGUGGCUUUACUUUCGUGAUUAAAUUCGCCGUGAAUCAAAUUAGCAAGAAGAUGGCCAGCCUCAAAGAUCCAAGAAUCAGUCGUACCGAUGGACCCCCUGAUUUUGUCAGCAAGCUUGUCGCUCGGCACGAGGAGGAUCCAGAGAAGAUCACCAAGGCCGAUAUACAAAUGAUCUGCCAAUCUAACAUUGCAGCCGGGAGCGAUACUACGGCUAUCUCUCUGAGCAGCAUCAUGUACUUCUUGAUGAAGCAUCCUGAAUCCCUCGGGCGUUUGAGGAAGGAAAUCGAUGAUGCUGCGACAAACAAACUUGUUUCUGAUCCCGUGACCUUCAAGCAGGCACAGGAACACCUACCUUUCCUCCAAGCAGUCAUCAAAGAAGCCUUGCGCCUACAUCCAGCUGUAGGGCUGGGCUUGCAACGUAUAGUACCUGAAGGUGGUGUGGAUAUCGCUGCACAGAAAUUCCCACCCGGCACGACGGUCGGCGUCAACGCGUGGGUAUCUCAUCGAAACCAAGCCACAUUUGGCACGGAUGCAAAAGAAUGGCGUCCAGAACGGUGGUUGGAAGAUGGUGGGAAAGAAAUGGAGGGCCACAUGUUAUCUUUUGGGAUGGGCAGUCGGACAUGCAUUGGGAAGAAUAUUAGCUUGUUGGAGAUGUCGAAAUUGAUACCCCAGCUCAUCCGUACAUUUGAUUUUCAGCUCGAGGAAAGCUUGCUUGGCAGAGGGUGGCAAACAGAGAGCCGGUGGUUUGUGAAGCAGAUAGAUUUCAGAGGGUCAAUAUCAAGGCGGAAGCUAUAG